CAUCCAAUCACAGACGUCGUCUUUGCGGCCUCCCCCCCUGCUCGCUCAUAUCCGGUCGUAUAUAUUUUGCCACGAGUUAGCGGCGAAUUUGGAGUGUCCAUUUUGAGCGGCGAGUCGGCGGCCCCCGGUUUGUUCUCCUAAAUCUCUCAUAAAAAAUCCAGUUUCACGAUGGCGGACGCUGAGAAUCAGCUCAUGGAGACUUCAGAACAGAACGGAGACGAAGAGCAGAACGGAGCCGAGCAGGAGCUGAUGGGGGGCGACGAGAGCCAGGACAGCGGCACAGACGGCGGGAAGAUCGACGCCAGCAAAGGAGAGGAGGAUGCUGGGAAAAUGUUUGUUGGUGGCCUCAGCUGGGAUACCAGUAAAAAAGACCUGAAGGAUUACUUUAGCAAGUUUGGGGAAGUCUCGGACUGCACCAUCAAAAUGGACUCCAACACCGGCCGCUCCCGAGGCUUUGGCUUCGUACUCUUUAAGGACUCUUCCAGUGUGGACAAAGUGCUGGAACAGAAAGAACACAGACUUGACGGACGUCAGAUCGACCCAAAGAGGGCGAUGGCCAUGAAGAAAGAGCCUGCUAAGAAGAUCUUUGUUGGGGGGUUGAAUCCUGAAGCAUCUGAGGAAACUAUAAAGGAAUAUUUUGGAGCCUUUGGAGAGAUCGAGGCUACAGAGUUGCCCGUCGACCCGAAAUCCAAGAAGAGGAGGGGCUUCAUCUUCAUCACUUAUAAAGAUGAAGCAAGUGUUAAGAAGUGUCUGGAGAAGAAAUACCACACCAUCGAAGGUGGCAGGUGUGAGCUGAAGAUCGCCCAGCCAAAAGAAGUUUACCAGCAGCAGCAGUAUGGGACGGGACGCGGAGGAGGAUAUGGAGCACGGGGAGGAAGGGGUCGUGGAGGUCAGAGCCAGAGUUGGAACCAGGGCUACGGAAGCUACUGGAACCAGGGAUACGGCGGGCAAGGCUAUGGCUACGGAGGCUACAGUGGCUACAACAGUUAUGACUACUCCCCUGCCUACUAUGGAUACGGCACCGGCUAUGACUACAACCAGGGGAACGCCAGCUACGGUAAAACCCCGAGGCGGGGGGCACACCAGACCAGCUACAAGCCGUACUGAUGAUCACUGGGUGGCAGCAGGACUCUGGUGAUCCAGUCAUACCGACGGCAGGACGGACGCACUGGGCUCACUGGACCUCUUUUAUGACGGAAGACCAUUUGUACAGAAAACAUCUGAAAUGUAACUUUUCCAUGCAUUUUUUGUUUGUUUUUUUUAGCCUUUUUCUUUAAGUUUUGCUUUUCCCUUCGGUGUGUUUUUAUUUUUUUUCCUCCACAUUUCCACAGGAAGUGUAAUUUUUACUGUACUUUUUGGUACCUGUUUUGAUUCUAAUGUAUUGUAAGGGUUGUAUUUUACAUGUGUGCUGGCUUUACAGGUGGAAAGUCGCUGCGCUGUAAAGGAGCUUUUUUUGACAAAUAAAACCAGUUUUCAGUAAUUUUUUUUUUUCUUUUCUGAUGCUUGCAGGUUUGAAUCAAAAUGGGCUUUAAGUUGAAUUUCUUUUAAUUUGGGGGGCCUGUGAUGCUCGUGCCAGAAUAGGUGAAACCAUUUGAAUGAGGCUGCCGUGUGAAGGCCUACAGCCGUAGGAUGUAAUGUGGGUGUUUCUGUUUAGAGUAUUUAAGUACCGCUGAUUUUAGAUUGUCCCCCUGUUUCGUUUUUCUUCUUUUGGACAGAUUUAAUCUUGCCAGUGUCGUCCUCUCAGCCAGUGUCUCUGGCCUUUAUUAGUAAUAAACAUUCACAUUUGGUAAAA